AUGUCUGUGCCUUGGGAAGAAUAUUUCGAGAUGGUCUUGGAAGAAAAGCUGCUGGCGGAGAAGCCCCCGGAGCAUGAGGAUGAUUAUAUCAGCCAUGCCACCCAACUGCUGGAGAAGAAGCGGGAGAUGGUAGAGGUGGAGGAGGCCCUGCAGGCCAAGAAGGAGGAGUUCCAGGUAAAGAUGUCAGCUCUGAAGCAGCGAAGGGAGGCUCUGGAACAGAAGGAGGAUGCAUUGAAGGAGUCCAUGGUCUGCUUUGACAAGUUCCUGAAGGACACAAAAGCUAAGCAGACUCGGGCCCUGCACCGAGCAGAGGAAGGACGGCAGACCACUGCCCAGAAGGAGGCUGAGGCUGUGGCACUGAAGGAGGAAUUGGAGGGGCUCAUUCAGAGAAAGGAGCAGCUGGAGCAGAAACUGGACAAAUACAGACCCUUCGCCCGGUACCUGGAGCAGGUGGUGGCCCAGUCUGAGGAGUUUCAGGAGAUCCCUGAGCUGAUGGCCCGGUUCAGUGGGCUGUCGGAAACUCGGGCCAUCCUGGCUGAGCGGGAGCAGGCUUUGCACAAGGCUGUGGAGGAUGCUAGGACUGAGCUGCUCAAACUGGUGGAAGAAAAGAAUGAUGAGAUUCUGCAGCAGAAUAACCAGCUGGCUGACCUGCAGCUUCGGCUGGAGGAGGUCAGGAGCCAGGCUCUGCAAUGGCUGAGGAAACUGAGGCACAGGGUGGAGUCGAGAUGGGUCCACAUCCAGAACACAGCGGCCCAGAAGACUUUGCUCCUUGGGCAGAUCAAGAUGGCGGCCCUCAACCUGUUCCAGAUGGUCUGCAAGCAAAAGAAGGAGGUCCCUGCGUUGGCUGUGGAGGACACGGAGGGGCAGCUGGAGCAGGUACAGCGGUACUUCCAGGACCUUUCUGCCACAUUGGCCAAGCUCACCAGGGACAGCCUGGCACCCCCGCUGCUGCCCAAUAGGCCUAUUCCCUGAGGGAAGCUGCUGAUGGAAGAGGUAGGUCUGGACCCAUGCAUGUUCUCGAGCACACAUAUGCAUGUGUAUCUAGCAGUGAGGAGCCCUGGUAGAUUAGGACAUGUGGGAUCCCUGGGAGGUGGUGGGGUUGGAUGA